CGUAGGUGGCGCCAUUGUACAUGAUUGUAUUACUUUCUGCAGACGUACUGGAAGAAGAAGAAGUGACCGAAGCUCCUCACAUGGAGGCACACAGAAUAUAAUUUUUACUAUACACUUAUGUUGUGGUCACCAUAAAACAAUAUAUAUUUUAAUAUCUCACCGACGAGUUUGCAUUUUAAUGAAAUGGCGACAGACACAAAAAGGCCGAAGAUAGAUGAUGAGAACUGUGUGCUGGACCCCCUGAAAAACUUCUUGCUGUGGUGUGAUAGUGUGAAGCUGACGCUCAGCGAUAAGGUUUACUUAAGUAAAGAGGGUACAAUAGCAGAAUAUGGCAUGCUUGCCAAAGAGGACAUUGAAGAGGGGCACAUCUUGUUCUCCAUUCCCAGAGAGACACUCCUGCAUCAGGGCACCACUAAAGUCAAAAAAGUGCUUGAAGAAGGGAAGAAAACUUUGGAAAGCGCAUCAGGCUGGGUUCCUCUUCUUCUGUGUCUCUUAUACGAGUACACAUGUUCACAAUCCCAUUGGAAACCAUAUUUAUCUCUCUGGCCAGACUUUAGGACACUGGAUCAGCCCAUGUUCUGGUCCGAUGAGGAGCGUAAUAAACUCCUGAAAGGCACAGGAAUUCCUGAGGCUGUCAACACUGAUUUGAAAAAACUCCAGGAUGAGUACAAUAACAUAGUCCUUCCUUUCAUGAAGUCCCAUCCUGACCUGUGGGACCCCGAGAAGCACAACCUGGAGCUCUACAAGAGCCUGGUAGCAUUUGUAAUGGCCUAUAGUUUUCAAGAGCCUGUAGAGGAUGAGGAUGAAGAAGAAGAAAAACAGCCUAACCCUCCAAUGAUGGUGCCCAUGGCUGACAUGCUGAAUCACGUUUCCAAGCACAACGCCAAUCUGGAAUAUACACCAGAGUGUCUGAAGAUGGUAUCCGUACGGCACAUUGAAAAGGGCGAGGAGGUCUUUAACACCUACGGACAGAUGGCAAACUGGCAGCUGCUCCACAUGUACGGCUUUGCAGAGCCGUUUCCUACAAAUAGCAAUGACACCGCUGAUAUACAGAUGUCCAGUGUGUAUAAAGCAGCAGUGCAAGUGACACAAAGUGAAGCAGAUCAGCGGCUCUUAGUGGACAAAUGGAACAUGUUGUGUGAGAUGGAGAUUGUUGGAGAGAAAGGAGUCUUUAUCUUCGGACAAUCAGGCUCCCUCACUUACAGUGAGCUCUACACUACUCUGAAGGUCCUUUGCAUGCCGGCGCAAGAUUUCGAGGAGUUCCGUGAAAACGAAGGCUGGGAAGAAGAUGAAGAGGAUGAUGAUGAUGAAAUGGAGCAGGCUCUGAGUUUUGACGGACUGACAGGGUUGUCAGCGGAGUGGAAGCGUCUCCUGCACACAGCAGCUGCUUUGACGCUGGACUCUUACUCUGAGGAUGUAGAGACGGACAGGAAGCGGCUGGAGGAUCAGGGAGCUCUGGCUGAACUCAGCAGCAGAGAGAGGAGAGCUCUGCAUGUGCGUUACGGUCAGAAGAGCAUCCUACAGCGCUUGCAACAGCUCACCAAACCUACGUCUUAAUGUACAGACUCCACAAACAUUCUUACAUAUCUUAUACAGUGCUGACACUGCCUUCUGGGAAACACUGUAGUUGGCAAAACAGGAAAGUCCUCAGGUGACAUGGUGUAACUGAAUUUGCAAACUCUGUAUAGUUUGUAGGUUUUUCAUUUUGUAUGCUGUACAUUUCCCUUUCAGAAAAAUAAUUAUUAAAAUAAAAUAAUGAGGAAUCUUGCAUUUUUGAUUGUGAGCUGUUGUGGAGUGUAAAUGUGGUUUAUUUAGUGACUUUUGGUGGGUUCAAGCCUGUUUAAAUUUAUGUGUUUGGCAUGCGCUUUUAUAUGAUGCAUUGAAGGGAUACAUUUUUAAUCAGUUCAUGUAUUCCCUGGGAAUUGAACCUAUAACCUUGGUAUGGCUAGACCCGUGCUCUACUGUUUAAGUUUCUUCAAGUCACGUCGGAAUUGGCACAUUUACAAGAACAUUGAACAUGAAUGUCGGUAGCUGUUUCUAUCCAAAGUUGCGAAUUUAACUAGUUUGCAAAAUUGUAAUAUCGCAUAAAACAUUUGCGAAUAAAGCAGCGUUCGGAUGCUGGUGUUUGGGAACGCAAUCAUGCGAGACGCUUCUGGGAGGGAAUUAAACCAAAUCAUUUUGUUGACAGACUUAGGCAUUUCAAAAUGAUCAAACCAACAUUUGAGAUACUGUGUGAUGAAAUUGGUCCACUAGUUAGUCCAGAUAUCCAGUCACAUCCUCUGUUGAGGCAAUCUGCAAGUCUUGUUGGAUAAAAAAGAUCUACCUCAAUUGAGCGCAAAAUUUAUGCGCAUCUUGGCAUUUCUAUCUAGCGUUUUUCAGGUAUGUCAGUGGAAAAAAAAAAGCCUUUUUCCAUAAGAUCAUCAUAGGUUUGUCAAGAUAAUUCUAAAUUCAAUCAGUUUUCUGGGAGAAUAAAUCAAUUCGUGGAUCGAUUCUGAGAUUUUCUGAAUGCAUCGCAAUUCUCUCUUGAAUCGAUUCUGAGCUGUUUUUAACAGCAGAAGGCGCUGUAGGCUAGUUUUUUACCGCACACUCAAAUGCUCACCUCAGAAUGCUUUUAUGAUGUGAGAUUAAUGUAAACAACCCACUGCAAACACCCUCGUGAUUCACUUCAACCUUUUCAAACUUUAUGGUAAUUUUAUAGAAGGUUCAAGUGGUAUGUGUAUCCAUUUCAAGUACGCCCAUUUCUAAAACAUGCAGUGCCAUCUGCUGUUGCAAACUAAGCUCAGAAUCGAUCCAGAAUAAUUUCUCGAUUCAACGAUUUAUUGUUCAAAGCCCUAUUAAACACACACACCCGGAGCAGUGGGCAGCCUUUUUUGCUGCGGCACCCGGGGAGUGAUUGGGGGGGUUAGGUGCUUACUCAAGGGCACCUCAGUUGUGGGUAAUGAAUGAAAGAGUGCUUUUCAUUCACUCUCCCUACCUACAUUUCCUGCCGGUACUGAGACUCGAACCCGCAUUCUUCGCGUAAAGCCCGGAACACACCAAGCCAACGGUUGGCCGACUAAGUUUUCUCAGUGUGUUCCGCACUGUCGACUGAAGUUGGACCUCGUCUGCUUUUUUUCGGCCGAUUCGACAUGUUGAAUCGGCGUCGGAGCUCGUCGGUCAGUCGAGCCACCUGAUCAUUCUGAUUGGCUGUUCAGCUAUUGCCACCUGCUGGUACAGAAAGGCAUUUCUUCUUACGCAGAACGGACGUGCUACUUGGGUGUCGAGCGUCGGUUUGGUGUGUCAGGGCAACUUUAACACUGCCAACGUGAGUCAACCCUGCAGUCUGCUUUCGUCACCACGGUGUGUUCCAGGCUUUACAAGUCUGACUCUCUAACCGUUAGGCCACAACUGACCAAUUAUACUAAUUUCAACCCUUCCUUUUCACUAUGUGCUUAAACGGCCUUCCAUUUGUCAGUACGUGGGAAAAAAAAAAAAAAAAAAAAAAAAAAAAAAAAAAAGUGGUCCAGUGAAAUUCAGUUACUCCAACCAAAAUCACUAUGACGUACAUACAAAUUAUGAUUUAUGAACUUCCCAAAAGGACUUGAAUUGAGUUUGACUUGGACUCAAAUGUACUUAGUGUAUGAAAAAAUGCAUUAAACUCCAAAAAACAUACAACAUUUUCGGUUCAUGUCAAAAAAAAAAAAAAAAAAAAAAAAAAAAAGUUGCAUCACUUGAAUGAUAGUGUGAACAGAAGGGAAAAAAAUAAAAAAGUAUUUAACCUUAUGACUCAACUCUUGUUUCAAACAUUAACAAAAACAAAUGCAAUCAAAUGGCAGGCAAGCAAAGGUGCAGUUCAAGUGUUUAAUGCAGUAACUACAGAAUGCAUACAUACAGGAAAUAAGUAGCGGAACUAAAGGCAACUACAAAGUACUACAAAAUACAACACGCGGACCAAUACAUUUACAAAACAUUCGAAAUCCUUACAAAAUGAGCUGUAUUGGUCCUUUUUUUUGUUCUGCAAGUUGAAUCUUUGUACAAACUCCUAAGAUCCAAUUUACCAACAAAUUUCUGAAUAUUUCCACAAUUGUACAAGUGCCAGGGAGAAGCUCCAACCCAAGAUUUGUUUCCUCACAGGUGCAAAACUAGUGACCCCCCCCCCUGCAGUCCAGGACAUCUGUCCGAUCCUAUCAGCUCACCACACUGAUAGCUCUCCCCUUAAAAACCAAACCUCAAAAAAUAAAAAGAAAUUAAACAAGACAGCUUCCUUAGCCACUACCAAGCUUCCAAACAAAAGUCAAUCCGUCUUGAAGGCAAAAAAUAAUUUAUGGAGAGUUUGGGGAAGCCAAACAGCAAGGAGUGAAAUGUGCUCAAGCGUGUGCCUCACCUUUCACAAAGAAAUACUCAAAAUCUGCUCUUAAAUGUCCCUUUUUAAUAUUUACACUGAACAUUUUAAAUUGUCGAGGGAGAAAAAAGUAAACCAAAAAAAAGAGGCUCCUCAGGUCAGAUGCCGAUGCCGCCCGGUGGAAGGAGAGCGGUAAUCCAGUGCCGGCUGUGUGUCGAUCAGAUGUGCAGGGUGUUGGUGGGGCAAAUGAAGGGUUGGGAAGAGGGAGAG